ACGUGAGUGGGUUGGUCAACAUUAGUUCAUAAAACUAAAGCAGCACCAGGUGAAAUGCUAUAACACUCGUAUGUUGGAACCACCCAUUUACUUGGCACACUAGCAAACCACGUAUGGCAAAACAAAAAACUGCUUCCAAGGAUGUGAUUUGAUGAAAAAGAAAUAAUAAAUCCGACUAGAUGAGAGUUUGGCCAAACUUGGUUUGGCAGCGUGAGCAACACAUGCUCGUAGGAUUGAAUGGGUGUCGUGAAAUCAUCAGGAACUAUACUGGGAAGCUAUGUUCUACUUCUUGAUCUUUGGAUUUCUGCGACUCUUUCUCGCUUGGAUAAUUGUUGGGUCAUGUUUAGGGGCCAUGUCGUCAGUGGUAGCUCUUGGUGCCAAUGUUAUCUGCAGCAAGAUACCUGGAUUGAGUCCAAGGCAACGGUCCAUAUGUCAGAACAGACCUGAUGCCAUUGUAGCUAUUGGCGAAGGGGCCGAUAUGGGCCUUACUGAGUGUCGUCAUCAAUUCAGAUAUAGAAGAUGGAACUGCACGUCCUUUGGAAAUGAAGAAACACUAUUCGGCCAACAAAUGUUGUCAGGCAACUGCGAAGCGUCCUUCAAGCAUGCCAUCAACUCUGCAGGCACAACACACGCUAUAACACAGGCCUGUAGCCGCGGUAACCUCACCAAUUGUAGUUGUGAUAGGAGUAAAGAGACAGGCUUAACGGAUGAGGGUUGGCGAUGGGGAGGCUGUAGUGCUGAUAUAGAGUAUGGUCUGCGAUUUUCAAGGAUAUUUGUAGAUGCUGGGGAGACGGUGAAUGAUGCAAGAUCUCUGAUGAAUCUUCAUAAUAAUGAAGUUGGCAGACAGAUUGUUAAAGAGAACAUGGGCGUUGAAUGCAAAUGUCAUGGCGUUUCUGGAUCUUGUACGACAAAGACGUGCUGGACAACCCUUCCGCCAUUCCGUCUUGUGGGAAAUAUUCUGAAGCAAAAAUACGACAAGCCAGUCCAAGUUGAACCCGUCCGCGCAAGACGCACUCGACGACCGGCUUUCUUAAAGAUCAAGGACAUCAAUAAUUUUAAGAAGCCUCGUCCCACUGAUAUGGUGUUCCUGCAGCGGUCACCCAACUACUGCGAUCGAGACCCUAGGGUGGGAUCACUUGGUACAGUAGGAAGACAGUGUAAUAGGACUUCCACAGGAACAGAUAGCUGUGAUUUGAUGUGUUGUGGACGAGGUUACAACACACACCAAUACACUAGAAUAUGGCAAUGCAACUGCAAGUUCCACUGGUGUUGUUACGUCAGAUGCAACCAAUGCAGCGAACAGACCGAGGAGUACACGUGUAAAUGAUAUGGAGUAUUUGCAGAUCGAUGGCCAAACCAUGACAACUAUUACCAUAUUAUAAUACGUGCAUUACAAUUAACAGUUCAAGGUUAUGUGGAGCGAAGUGGACCCAUAACACAAACUAUUUCGUAGUGAUGGGACCUACUUUGGGCAUCAAUAAUGUGAAACAAUUUUACAUAUCCAAAUCGUUGAUAUACAAUGUGAUAAGAAAGUAUCACAGUUUCCUACCACUCUGUGUACCGGUUAAGACAAAGGGACAUUUAGAAUCUGAGCGGAACUUGGGUCAAUCCUAUCGUUUUUGAAGAUUAAUCCAGGUGUAGGCCUAAGCUUGGAAGAGUUAAAACGGACCCGUGGGCCCUACCGAACAAUACCCGCAUUCGUGUUUUCACUGAAAACUGUGGCAUGCAUAAGUUGUAUCACGACCCAGAAGGAACUAAUUUGGCCUACACAUCUAGUAUAACCACUCUCAGAUUCGCUCGAUGCUAAACAUUCGAAUAAUGUAUUUUACACUGUUAAAUGCAGUGGACACUAAUGGUAAAUACUCAAAAUAAUUAUCAACAUAACAACUUACUUGGUAAAAAGCA